ACAAAUAAGAGAGACAGAUACACAUGAACAACUUUCAAGAAUAGCUCAUGUUAUUAAUUAUCUUCGUCAUGAUAAUGUAUUUCAAAAUACAUUUAUUGCAGCAAAAAAGUAUCUUUAUUGUAAAAAAGAUUUAAUAGGUUUAACUAAAAAAGCAACUAUUUUUCUUUUAGAAUUAUUUACAAAAGUUAAAAAUAAUGUUGGAAAAAGCAAAUAG